AAUAGAGGAGAGAGAAAAAUGAGCUUCUUACUUCUUUUCGGUGGAGGUUCAUGCCUCGCUGCGCUGCAGGUCUCAUUUCAUGUACUGACUUUGGAAAACACGGAAAAAAAUGUUUCUGUACAUCCUCGGGCUGGUGGCUGUUUGGUUCGUUUAUCGCUGGUACAGAGAAACCAAAAGAGUCUCCAACAAGGAGGACAAGUAUGUGUACAUCACAGGUUGCGACUCCGGGUUUGGUAAUCUCCUGGCGAGACACCUGGACAAGCUGGGCUUCCGCGUGAUUGCAGGCUGUUACACCGGGAAGGGUGAGGAUGAGCUGAAGAAGGUCUCCUCCGACAAACUGACCACCAUCCACCUGGACGUCGCCGACUCUGAGAGUGUGAGCAAAGUGGCAGCUUUCAUCAAGACUCUGGUUGGACAGAAGGGCCUCUGGGCUGUCGUGAACAACGCUGGAAUCUCAGUGCCGUCCGGUCCCAACGACUGGCUCACCGUAGAAGAUUUCAAACCUAUGAUAGCGGUCAAUCUGCUCGGUGUCAUCGAUGUGACCCUGAGUGUCCUCCCCCUCAUCAAGAAGGCCAAAGGCAGGGUGAUAAACAUCGCCAGUGUGUGUGGUCGAAUCAGCCCAUUCGGCGGACCUUACUGUGUGUCCAAGUAUGGAGUGGAGUCCUUCAAUGACAGCCUCCGUAUCGACAUGACACCAUUUGGAGUCAAGGUGUUAUGCAUUGAGCCCGGGUUCUUUAAAACAAACGUGACUGACACAGCUAUGUUGAAGAAUAACUUCAUUAAGCUCUGGGAAAGAUUACCUCAGGAAGUGAAAGAUGACUACGGGCAUGGUUUCUUGGACACAACGCUUGAGCAGUUGGACGAGAGGUACAGGCAGAUUGUAGACGGGGACCUGAUGAAGGUGGUCGGCUGUAUGGAGCACGCCAUCUCUGCCCUUUAUCCACGCACUCGCUACUCCCCCGGGUGGGACGCCAAGUUCCUCUGGUUGCCGAUGUCGUACAUGCCGAGCUGGCUCUCAGACACGUAUUUAAUUAAAAGUAAACCCAGACCCAAAAUAUCUGCGCUGUAGUUUCUGUCACGUCAGUCAGUGAAG